UUUGUUGUAUCCAAAAUCCAAAUCCAUUUUAUUUUUCUAUAUUUGCAGGAAGUGGGAGUAAAUCUUGUUAUUACGGACUAUUGUAUGCCUGGGAUGACUGGCUAUGAUUUGCUCAAGAAAAUUAAGGAAUCGUCAUCUCUGAAGAACAUACCAGUAAUCAUUAUGUCAUCUGAGAAUGUUCCUUCAAGAAUCAGCAGGUGCUUGGAAGGAGGAGCAGAAGAAUUUUUCCUGAAACCUGUGAGAUUAUCAGAUGUAAGUAAGCUUAGGCCUCAUUUGAUGAGAACCAAAUGCUGCAAUCAAGAAAAUGAAGAGAAUAAAUGCUGGAAUCAAGAAAAACAAGUAAAUAUAGAAUCUUCAGAAAUUGAAUCACAAACAGCAGCACAAUCCAAUAAUAAGAACAAGAGGAAGGCCAUAGAUGAAGGGAUUUCUCCAGACAUUACAAGGCCUAGAUACAAUGGCCAUAGUUUGGUUUCCAAUCACUUGUGAGACCUGACUCAACCCGACCUGACUAGAGGGCAUUAGUUAAAUCAGUCAUUGGACACAGUUACAGUUCAAAGAAACCGCUGUACGCCCGACACACUGGAUUAUAUUAGCUCAUACCCUGUUGGGACGAGCAUCUUCGCCUAAUGAACAGAGACAAUACUAAGAAAGAGGCGUCAGAGUCAGAACCAGCUGAGGUUCCUACAUUGAUCUGAGCCAAUUAAUUGUAAUUUUUUUCUUUUGUUUUUUAUGAUUUCUUUCUUUCUUUCUUUCUUUCUUUUCAGUUGACGUUAAUACGAGAUGUAUAGAGAGUAAAGAUGGAGGGGCGAAAAUUAUAGAUUCUUACUGUAAUGUCAUGAAAAAAUGAUUUAUUA